AUGCAACUUAAGUAUAUUCUGUGCAUCUGUACGACCUUAGCUGCGUAUGCCUCUGUACAUACUCAGGAAGCACGUACAUACGAGCACUAUUUAACUCGUACAUAUCCUGCUUAUGCCAUUGCUUCCAAGGCAGAUAUUCUCAACUCAACAUGUGGAAAGGAAUUGAAAGAUUUCCGAGACGCAGUCGAUCAACGAAUACUAUGGAGCUUGAAAGUAUUAGAUUCCAGUGGUGGCUUUAAACCGGGUUUCCUUUACGGAAAUAAUUAUUGGCUGGGCAGUCGUAGUCAGUGUCUCGAUACGAUGAAUAAGGCUCCUCUACAGAUCUCACAGCACAAAAUACUAAAUAACACGCAUUAUCGCGAUCCGCGAAAGGAAUUUCCACCUUUCCAAAUAAAUUAUUUUGUAGCUUAUUUGAGACACAACAGUACGAUUCAAUAUCACGUAAAUAUGUUUGACGAGGAUGUGAUUACGCUCGGACUCUGUUUACCAAAAUCAUGCACUACAAAUAAUCUAAGCUUAAUUUUGGAGGAAAUAUGUCGUGACAGAGUUAUCUUCAAUGAUCUCUAUCCCGCGGACUUUCAGCUCAUCGAGGUUAAAGAUCUAAAUGACGAUAACAAAAAGCUACCUCAUAGAGUGUAUUACAUCUGUGCUGGCUUAAUAGGAUUUUCUUUCCUCAUAACAUUAAUCGGAACAAUAUAUGAUAUAUUUAUAUAUCAAAAACGUAACGUGGUAAACGUAUCUGCAGCAUAUCGGAAAAAUAAAAUUGGAGAAAUAUUAAUAUGUUUUUCCGCUUACACAAAUACAAAAAAAAUAUUUAGCACAAAGUUGGACGCCGGCACAAUACCCGUUUUUCACUGCUUAAAAGUUCUAGGCAUGUGUUCGAUAAUCUUGUUCCAUGGUGUAUAUUAUACAUUUAAUUCUCUCGAUAAUAAAGUACGGCUGUGGAGGUUCACUGAGAAUAAUAAAAUCAUAGGUGACAUGGGAUUACUAGCAGUUGAUAUAUUUUUUCAUUCAAGCGGAUGCUUAAUGUUAAUGAAUUAUAUAUAUUUGCUGACACCGGCUUACAUGACGGUGUUACUAAUAGAGCUGGUAAGGUCGAUUUGGGCCGAAAAAACAUCACAAUUUUACAUGUACGAAAGGUCGCACGAAACUUGUGCGAAAUAUUGGUGGAGAAGUCUUUUGUACAUACAUAAUUUCUUUGGAUGGGAUGCAAUGUGCAUGAGUUGGAGUUGGUAUCUAUCCAAUGAUAUGCAAUUCUAUGUCAUCGCUAUGGCUUUAUUAAUUUUCUCAACUAGAUACUUCUAUGCCGCUAUAUUGAGUCUACUUUUAAUAGGCUCAAUUAUUCUUAAUGGUUAUCUUUCAUACGUCAAAUACGAAUAUGUCGAAACAUUUGAUGAACAGGAGAAUCUUGCAGAUAUCUUCUAUAUCAAACCAUGGAUGAGAAUGAAUCCAUUUAUUAUUGGAAUAAUCACGGGUCACAUUUUGGCAAAAUUAAAGAAUAAUUUUGUUUUAAAAAAGAAACAUAUAAUUUUGUGUUGGUGCCUAACUAUUAUUUGCGGAGGAUUCGUAUUACUGUUGUCCUACAACCGAUACAUAUCCGUUCUAGCUACUUCUGUUUAUGUAGCACUGAACAGAACACUUUGGGCCAUAUGUAUUGCAUGUGUUGUAAUAGCAUGCUCCAGUAAACACGGCGGAGUUAUAGGCAUCGGUAAUCAAUUAUUCUCGUUCAAGGGUUGGAUUCCUCUUAGCAGGCUCACAUACUGCGCUUAUCUUAUAAAUCCGGUCAUCAUACAAGCAAUUCAACUAUUUAGUGAAACGUCGAUUCAUUUUGAAUUUCUGCCCCGUAUUACUAUGACAUUGGGAUACAUUAUAAUCACGUACCUUUGUUCCUACCUAUUAUCUUUGAUGUUCGAGAUGCCCUACAUUUUGUUAUAUAAAAUGUGUAUUAAGCCAUAUAGAAACACAAUGGAAUCUUCCACGGAACAAACAACUCGAACAAACGGAACAAACAACUCGAUUGUAGCAACCAAAAAUAUUCAGUUGGUACAGAUUCAGUUGCAGUAACAUCAAGCCUUUUUGCCUGGCGGAAGAUGACAUUUGCCAACCCUCUACAUAAAAAAGAACAAGAUUUGAAUAAUUAAUUUUUGUACUUCUCUGACUGCUGCAGACCUUGAGCGGAAAUGUCCACUAUAACCGUGCGUACCAGCUCGCUUGUCACGACAUCUCCUCAAGACGGGAACUUUCUGCCUCGAGCUCUGCAGGAAUAGAAUCUUCUUAUCCCAAU